UUGAGCUCACUACACUCGACAGUACUUGGUUCUUAUCGCUUCUGUUUCUCUCUCUUCUCAAUCAAAAGUUCAAACCCUAGAUCGCAUCCUCUUCAGAGACCCUCUUCCUUUGUUCAAAACCCUAGAUUUCAACCUCUGCAGGAAUCCAUUUUCUGUUCAAAAACAAGAAUUUCUGAUGGGUACUUUCGAUGGUUUACCAACAGAGACGAGGUUAGAGAUCUUGACUCGUCUACCAACACAAACAGUUCUCGACUGCAAAUUAGUUUGCAAAUCUAGGAACUGGAUUGUUCGUCAUCCAUCCUUCGGUCGGGAACAUUUAAAGCAUCUGGAUGAUUCUGAUUCUGGUAAGUUGAUAAGUUUAAUGUUAUUUCAUAAAACACCAGGGCUUGAAGAAUAUGCGGAGUAUGAUGAGAGUUCUUCUCAUGGCACACCACCCUUUAGCAAAGCAAGAAGGUUCAAUAUAAUCUCUCCAUUUGAAAACUAUGAAGUGCUUGACUCAUGUAAUGGCUUAAUUUGUUUCAAUGCACUUCGUAGUGGUUAUUCUAUCGCUAGUCAUCUUCCCCUUGCGGACCGUCUCGUAUAUUAUGGACCUUCUUUUAUCUGCAAUCCUGUUACUAGAGAGAUUGUGGUACUUCCAGAAUUUGAAGGGGAACACUUGUUAACUGGAUUUGGUUACUGUUCUUCAACUAAUGAGUAUAAGGUUGUUGGAAUCCGUAUCUCCAAGAGAGAAGCACAUUCCGGAGUUAUUCAGGUAUACACUCUUGGGAGUGGCAAGGGGUGGAGAAAUGUUGGAAAGAUGGACUAUAUGAUGACAGAUGAGGUGUGGAAAAGUGUACGGCAUGGUGUAUUAGCAAAUGGAGCUCCUCACUAGGUGGACGUGGGAGGAACCCUGCUUACCUUUGAUUUGGCCAAUGAAAAGCUUAGAGUAAUUCCAUCAUCACCCAUUCAUGAAUUUGGGGUAUUCUAUCAUUUAGUAGUUAUGGGUGAUUGUUUAUAUGCCAUUUAUUUGCAUCAAAAGAAAGGCGUAUGGUUAUUCAAGCAGACUAACAAUAGUCGUGGCAUGUGUUGGAAGAAAGAGUAUAACCUUGAUAAGGGACCAAUCACAUCUACGAAGAGUGGUAGGCUUUUAUGCUAUGGUCCUGUUAGUGGCAGUAUCUAUCGCAACGAUCUAAAAGCUUCAUCUUCCGAGUUGCUUGAGAAUUUUAGUACGUCGGUUUGUCUUUUUAUUCCUCACAGGAAUACCUUCAUUUCACUGAAAGAAUUAGGAGAAAAAGAUACACAAAGAAUGGAAUCUGUUGAAAGGGAAAAAGUCGAGCCAGGACAUAAAGCAGUGCAGCAUGCAGUGACAACAGCCAGUACGAAGUAAGAGAACUAAAGGUUGUUGGUGAAUGCUGCAGACAUGAGGGUUGAAAUCUGUUGUUGAGGAAAGCAGGCCAUUUUUAUCAACUUCAGCUAUAGUAGUCUAACUUUUUGGAAGGGAAGAUACAGUGGAUCUUUUCACGCUUUCAACUUCAGCUAUAGUAGUCUAACUUUUUGUAAGGGAAUAUACAGUGGAUCUUUUCACAAUUUCUUUCCCUCUUCCUGAAACUCUUUUCUGAGUUGUAGCUUAUGAACCUUGUUAUCUCUUUGGAGAUGAAAAUGUUUACUUUA